GUGUAGGAAUCAUCUGUAUCAAAUACCUUUUUUUAUUUUUUACUGAGUCUACUCUACGUAGUACAUCAAAGAAAGCCUAGUUAAAUAUUUAUUACUCUGCCAUCAUCAUGUGGCUGGUAAUUAAAUCUUUAAUCUGUCUACAACUUGGUAAGGUCAAGGGGACAUAAAAAAAUUUAUUAUAUUGUACCCAGUAGAAUUUCUAUACCAAAUAGGCAAAUACCUUUUUUUUCUUUCUUUUACUGAGUCCAUAUAUAUUCUUACAUCAAAGAAGGCCUAGAUAAGUCUCUUCCAUUGAAGGUUCAAUGAUCGAGGCAAAGUUACAUCCUCAGCACAUAUAUGAAUGCCAAGUCUAAUUUAGAGGCAUGGAAAUGGCAAAUGAAACUGUUGCCUUGUCAGGCAUUGUGUUUAGUUACAUCAAUGCAUGUUUGGUAAAGUGUUGUUUUAUUAGAGUAUUUGCCUUAGGCCUCUCUAUAUUUGGAAUACGCAGGUCUCAAAACUUCAUAAGCUAUUGUUAGUCUGAUAAACAUGGCAGUUCAGCACCCUCUUGAAUUAGCUAAUAAUGGUUCCUGUGAUGAUGAUGGCCAUCCACUAAGAACCGGAACCUUAUGGAGUGGUGUGGCUCAUAUCAUCACUGCUGUUAUUGGAUCUGGAGUUUUAUCUUUGGCAUGGAGUACUUCACAGCUAGGAUGGAUUGGAGGCCCAGUUGCCUUGCUUUGUUUUGCAAUUGUCACCUACGUUUCUUCCUUCCUCCUUUCAGAUUGUUACAGGUCUCCUGACCCUGUAACCGGAACUCGAAACAAAUGUUACAUGGAUGCUGUCAAAGUGAACCUCAAUAGUAGAAAACAGUCCUGGUUUUGUGGUUUCCUUCUAUAUUUCAGCAUGUAUGGAACUGGUAUUGCUUAUGUGAUUACCACUGCAACCAGUAUGAGAGCUAUUCAGAGGUCAAACUGCUAUCACAAAGAAGGGCAUCAGGCUUCAUGUGAAUAUGGGACUAGUCUGUACAUGCUGCUGUUUGGACUUGUUCAGAUUGUAGUGUCACAAAUACCAGAUUUCCAUAACAUGGAGUGGCUUUCAACUAUUGCAGCAAUCAUGUCCUUUACCUAUGCUUUUAUUGGACUUGGCCUUGGCUUCGCAAAAGUAAUAGAAAAUGGCAGGAUUCAGGGGAGCCUGGGAGGAGUUCCAACCUCUAAUGUUGCUGAUAAAUUAUGGUUAGCCUUCCAAGCACUUGGAGAUAUUGCUUUUGCCUAUCCAUACUCCAUUAUUCUUCUUGAGAUUCAGGAUACUUUGAAGUCCCCUCCAGCAGAAAACAAGACAAUGAAGAAGGCCUCAAUGACUGCCAUCUUUGUCACAACCUUUUUCUACCUCUGCUGUGGAUGCUUUGGCUAUGCCGCCUUUGGGGAUGACACGCCAGGGAACCUCUUGACAGGAUUUGGAUUUUACGAACCUUACUGGCUCAUCGAUUUUGCUAAUGCUUGCAUUGUUCUUCAUUUGGUGGGAGGAUAUCAGGUCUACAGCCAACCAGUAUUUGCAGUUGCUGAGAGAUGGUUUAGCAAGAAAUAUCCCGACAGCGGAUUUGUGAACAACUUUUACUCCAUCAAAUUUCCAUUGUUGCCAAGGUUUCAAGCGAACCCCUUCAGGCUAUGUUUCCGAACUGUUUAUGUUGUGUCAACUACUGGGAUUGCAAUGCUGUUUCCUUAUUUCAACCAAGUGUUGGGAGUGUUAGGGGCCUUGAACUUUUGGCCUUUGGCUAUAUAUUUCCCCGUAGAAAUGUACUUUGUACAAAAGAAAAUUGGGUCCUGGACAAGAAAAUGGAUUGUUCUAAAGGCAUUCAGUUUAGUUUGCUUUCUUGUCACAGUUGUGGGGGUUAUUGGAUCAGUUCAAGGACUUAUAAGUGCCAAACUUAGCUAGGGAGUAUUGUAAUUUCCUCAUAGACAAAUAUAAAUGUAAAUUUUUUCCUUUGCAAGUAAUAGUAAUGAGAUUGCGCUGAGCAAA